UGCUGCUGACCUGAUCCACCCCGACCAGACAGUAUAAACACGAGGCAGAUGCCUGGCAGAAAUCAGUCGGAGGUUCCAGGCUUCAGGGUCCAGGUCCCCAGGAUCAGCAGCGAGAACCAGACACCUGCAGUAUGUGUUCCCUGCCUAUGGCGAGAUACUACAUAAUCAAAGACACAGACCAGAAGGUUCUGUACAUAAGAGAUGGCCAGCUGCUGGUGGGAGAUCCUGAUGUAGACAAGUGCAGUGCGGAGAAGAUCUGCAUCCUUCCAAACAGAGACCUGGACCGCGCCAAGGUCCCCAUCCUCCUGGGGACCCAGGGUGGGAGCCGCUGCCUGGCAUGUGUGGAGACAGAAGCUGGGCCUUCUCUACAACUAGAGGAUGUGAACAUCGAGGACCUCUACAAGGGGGGUGAAGAGGCCACACGCUUCACCUUCUUCCAGAGCAGCCUGGGCUCUGCCUUCAGGCUGGAGGCUGCUGCCUGGCCUGGCUGGUUCGUCAGUGGCCCGGCCGAGCCCGAGCAGCCAGUGCAGCUCACCAAGGAGAGCGAGCCCACGGCCCGCACCGAGUUCUACUUUGAGCAGAGUCGGUAGGGAGGCAGGGUGCCGAGGUCCAUGCUGCUCAGGGUCUUCAUGGUGCAUUCCCCACCCCCCCCCAAAGAUGUCUCCAUCUGAAUUCCCAGACCCACGAAUGUGUUAUGGCAAAUGAGACUGCACAAGUGGGAUUAAGACCCCUAGGUUAUCCCGGUGGCCCCCAUGGAACCAUGGGUCCCCAGGAGGGUGAGGAAGGAGGGUGGGGGUGAGAGGGAGAUUGAAAGAUGCUGCACUGCUGAUGGUGAAGAUGGAGAGAGGAGCCAGGCGCCAACAGGUGCGGGCGGAUUCUGGAACAGGCAGCGGGAUGGGCCCUCCUCGGCGCCUCCAGCAGCAUGGCUCUCCUGAAACCUUGGUUUUUAGUCCCAUGAAACCAGUUUCAGACUUCUGACCUCCAGACACCAAUAAACCUGGGUUGUUUGAA